UAGAGUAGAAGUAACAAAUGUUAUCAGAACUCAGUAUCUUCGAUUCAAAUUCUAUAAUUAUCUCAUAAAAUUGAUUUAUAAAAUAUAAAAUUUAUAACAAUUUUCAAAUUUUGAAUCUGUCUAAGGUGGAGAAGAAAGAAGAAGAAUAUUAGCCAAAAUGACAACAUCUUUCCCCAUGAAUGAUGGUAAUAGUGCUUAUAGCUACUUCAAUAACUCCCAACGACAGAAAGAAAUUAUAGAUGCUUCAAAGGAGAUGGUGAGAGAGGCAAUUAUUGGAAGACUUGAUGUUGAAGUUAUGUUAUCUUCUUCAAAAUUAUUUCGUAUUAUAGAGUUGGGAUGUUCAAUUGGACCAAAUACUUUCCAUGCAAUGCAACAUGUUGUAGAUGUUGUAAAGGAAAAAUACAACAAUAUUAACCUUGAAUUCCAAGUAUUUUUUAGUGAUCAUAUCGAUAACGAUUUCAACACUCUUUUUCGAUCACUACCUAUGGAUCGAUCCUACUAUGCAUCUGGAGUUCCAGGAUCUUUUCAUGGUAGAUUAUUUCCAUCGCGAUCCAUACAUUUUGCACAUGCUUCUACUUCUAUACAUUGGUUAUCUAGGGUUCCAAAAGAAUUGUUAGAUGAGAAAUCUCCAUCAUGGAAUAAGGGAUUAAUUCACUAUGGUACAUCAAAUAGUGAAGUAGUGAAAGCUUAUGUUGCUCAAUUUGAAAAGGACAUGGAGAUUUUCUUUAAUGCAAGAGCUGAGGAGAUUGUCCAAGGAGGAAUAAUGGUGUUUAUUUCACCAUUUUCAAGUUAUAUACGUCUCGUGGAAUUUUUCGGUUCUAGUCUUAUGGAUUUGGUAAAUGAGGGAAAGCUAGAUGAAUCUCUUGUAGACUCAUUCAAUUUGCCAAUGUAUUUUCCCUCUCCUCAAGACAUGACUAAAGUAGUGGAGAAAAAUGGAUGUUUUAGCAUAGAGAAAAUGGAGUUGACACAUCCUAAAUCAAAGCUUGUGGAUGAUUUUGAUGCAAAGACUUUUAUAAUAAACCUAAGAGCUGUUUUAGAAGGGCUUCUCAUCAAUCAUUUUGGGAGUAAAAUAGCAGAAGAAGUUUGUGAAAGAACUCUUCUUAAAGCUGAAGAGAUUUCAACAUGGAUGAAAGCUAAUGGUGGAAAACCAUGCCAAUUAUUUGUUGCUUUAAAGCGUAAAUGAAUUUUUAUGAACGAAUCUAUAUAUUAUAACGAAGAUAAUACUUUUAGUACUUGUGAUAUUCGUCAAAAUAUAUUUGAUACUCAGUUAAGCAAUAUGUGUUUAAAUGUCAUUCGUUAAAGCUUCAGAAAUACAUAUAUUGCUUUAAUGAAUGUCAAAUAUGCUUAGUCGAAUAUCGCAUCAGCAAAUAUAGGAAUAAUGCAAUAACACAAAAAUUAGAUAUAUUAUUUUUUAUUAUAUGACACAUCUCAUAGGCUAAGUGUUCUAUUUUGUUAUGAUCCAUAUUUUGUAGGUCAUAAUUAAUAAGUCAUUAUGUAAA